AUGAGAGUGGUUGGUGGUGAUGGUGGUGGUGGUGGUGAGAGUGAUGGUAUGAAGCUCACUCUGGUGGUAUUUGGAAUCUUGGUAUCGUCUGCUUUCUCGUUUAAAAUUACCGCACAUGGAGGAGGAGAUGGUCAUUCAGGAAUUUCCAAAAACAUCGAUGUUGCAGAAUUAAUAUCACUGAUUGCUGAUGACGGUGAUAGCGAUGACCUAGGAAUGGGAGGCGGUGAUGGACUAGGACUAGGAAUGGGGGAUGGUGAUAGUGGAUUAGGAAUAGGAGGUGAUGGUGGACUAGGAAUGGGAGUCGCUGGUGAACUUGGUCUUGGAGGCGGUGAUGAUGGUCUGGGAAUGGGAAUUGGAGGCGGUGAUGAUGGUCUAGGAAUGGGAGGCGGAGGCGGUUUUGAUCUUGGACUUGGACUUGAAGGCGAGAUUGCUGUGGGAGGCGAUGAUGGCGGCAAUCACGUGAAAGACUUGUCAGUCGUGUUGAAGAUGCUCGCUGAAGAACUCAAAACCGACAGCAAUGAAGAUGCUGAUGUCAUAAGCAAAGCCGCUGACGUCAUCGACAAAAUUACCAAGGAAGAGAAACAGAAGGAAGAAGAGGAGGCAAAGAAAGUAGAAACUAAGCUACAGGAGGAAGAAACGAAAGUAGAAGCGGCAUUAGAGGAAGAAGGAAAAAAAGAGGAAGCCAAUUUAGAGGCUGAAGCAAACAAGGUUUAG